CUCAUUCUUUCCAUCUACCAGCAAACAAGAGAGUUUUGUUUUGAAUCUUCAAGGCAAAAAAAAAAAAAGGAAAAAUAUGGCAGAUUCUCUGACAGAAGAACAGAUUGCUGAGUUCCGAGAGGCCUUUUGCUUGAUCGACAAGGACGCAGAUGGUUUCAUUACAAUGGAAGAACUGGCAACCAUUGUCCAGUCAUUGGAUAGACGUCCUACGAAAGAAGAAAUUCAAGACAUGAUAUGUGACGUUGAUCUUGAUGGAAGUGGGACAUUGGAUUUUGAAGAAUUCUUGAAUAUCAUGGGGAGAAAGCAGAAGGAAAAUGUUACUGAGGAAUUAAAAGAAGCUUUCAAAGUUUUUGAUAGGAACCAAGACGGAUAUAUUUCGGCCAAUGAGCUAAGACAAGUGAUGAUAAAUUUGGGAGAGAGACUGACGGAGGAAGAGGCUGAACAAAUGAUAAGAGAGGCUGACGUGGACGGUGAUGGUCUAGUUAGUUACGAGGAAUUUGCAAGGAUGAUGAUGGUUGCUUUCUGAAAGAUAAAAGAAUACAGAGACAAAGAUCUGCGGAAAAAGUAUUACAGAAAUAUACUUGAUUGAAUUAAUUAUUACUGUUACACUAUGGUCUUAUAUAUAUUCCAGUCUCUAAUUCAAAAAUCUUAUCAUUAAAAAUUCACUUAAUGAUAAGAUAUGUAUUUAAUUCCUAGAAUAUCUGUUACAGAUAUGAUUACUAUUAUUUUCGGUAUCAGUAAUUUUUUAUAUAAA